CUCCCCUCCGCCACCGAUCUCGGCGUGAGCGAGGGGAAGCUGGAGCUGUGGCGCAAGCUCGGCGGCGGCGCCCUCGAGCCGGUCCUCGCGAGCGGCGCCGUCGCCGUCCUCGACGCGCAGUGGGUCAUCAGCCACGCCGAGGCGGGCGGCGUCCUCUCCCACCGCCAGGCGCUGCCCAAAGAGGCCUUCCUCUCUUUCGCCGACCUCGUCGAGGCGACCACCGAGUAUGGCAGCCUUCCCGUCGCCGCGCUCUCCUACCCGUGGCUGACCAAGGACCACCCCGACCCGCGCGGAGCCAACCUCGCCCGCGUCGCGAGGGCGCUCAAGGCCCUGCUCUCGCUCGGCAAACCCCUCAUCCCGCGGCUCGGCGUCUUUUGGGACUUCGGCUCGCUGCACCAGCACCCAGACCCCCCCAACGGCGUCCUGCGCACCGAGGAGCAGAACGCGCUCUUCAAGCAGGGGCUGAGCUGCCUCGGCACGCUCUACUCCCACCCGCACACAUACGUGCUGCGGCUGACCUCCUUCCCGGACGGCCACAAGGCGGAGGACCAGCCGGAGGGCACCAACGUGGCCAAGUACGUUGACCGCGGCUGGUGCUUCACGGAGCAGUGCUGGGCUGGCCUGACAAAGGCUGGCGCCCUCUCGCUCGACCUCGGCAAGAUGCGCGCCGGCGUGGAGUACGACUGGAACAGCCUCACCGACGACUGCACCCAGGACGGCGGCCGGCGCCCUCCGCUGCUGCCGUCUGCGUUCGCGGCGGAGCUUGAGAAGAAGAGCUUCACCAACGGCAAGGACGACAAGCCGCUGGUGAAGCGGCUGUACGAGGCCGCCUUCAAGGAGCAGUUUGGCAAGGCGACCGAGCUGAGCUACAUGGACCUCGGCUGGGGCGACGCGGAGGCGGCGCAGCUGGCGGAGGUCCUCGCGAGCGGGGCAGCGCCGCGGCUCGAGAAGCUCUAUCUCGAGGGGGCAGCGCCGCGGCUCGAGGAUCUCUAUCUCGGCAACAACGAGAUUGGCGACGAGGGCUGCAAGGCGCUGGCCGCCGCCCUCGGCAAGGAGGGGGCAGCGCCGCGGCUCGAGGUGCUCGAUCUCCUCGGCAACAGGAUUGGCGACGAGGGCUGCAAGGCGCUGGCCGCCGCCCUCAAGGAGGGGGCCGCCCCGAGCUUGAAGGCGCGAGACGCCCCCCCCCUCGCCACUCGCCCCUCCCCCGCCCAAUGCUCAUCGCACAUCCCCUCGC